AUCAGUUCCUAUUACGGACGUCACGAAACGUGCUUUGAGUACGACGGCGACACACACCAUGGCACUACGUCUACAAUACGUAAAGGCGUCGUGGAAGACGCUGGUAGUUCUCGUCACACCCAUAGUCCUGUUGCCUCUCUGUGUACCCGGGACGUCAAAGGAAUCGCGAUGUGCUUACGGCCUUUUGUUGAUGUCGGUAUACUGGAUCACAGAGGCACUGCCACUCGCAGUUACCGCCAUGUUACCGAUAUUGGUGUUUCCCGUACUUGGUGUGGCACCUUCAAAGGCCUUGUCGAAGCAUUACAUGAAGGAUGUAGAUUUCCUGUUGAUUGGAGGACUAAUCGUAGCUAUUGCCAUUGAAAAAUGUAAUAUACACAAACGAUUUGCCCUUAGGCUCCUGAUGCUUUUUGGAGUGAGCCCUAAAAGAUUUCUGCUCGCCUUCGUGCUUGGGACGGCAUUUAUGUCAAUGUGGAUCAGCAACACUGCGGCUACCACCAUGAUGCUCCCCAUAGCGAGGAGCUUGUUGGAUCGACUCUUCACGAUAGAACGACACGUGAAAAGCACACAGAAUAACGAAAGUGAAGCACUCGUGAUGCAGACGAGCCCUGCCAACGACGUGUCUCCUCUUGAAAAGAAAAGGAAUUCUGGUUCCACAGAGAUCGAACUACAAGCAGGCGUCAGCUACUCUUGUGAUGAUGUUACCACGACUACCAAAGGUAACAGCGAUGAAGAAUCCACCAGUCUUGAUACUCCAACGGAUUUUUCCAAACUGGAUGAACGAUCAAAAAAAUUAGUCAAGGCGUUAUCGAUGUGUAUUUGCUACGGCGCUAAUUGUGGUGGUAUUGCGACCUUAACGGGAACGCCAACAAAUCUAGUGACCAAAGCACACGCAGACAAUCUAGCAGAUGGCAAUUCUGGGCUUACAUUCUUGUCCUGGAUGGUGUUUUGCUUUCCGGUGUCCGUUGUUGCUUUGGUAUUCGUGUGGUUUUGGUUACAGAUCGUUUAUCUGGGACCCAGAGACACAUUUUGCUGUCGUCAACAAAACGACAAACGACUGAGAGCCAAUGAAGAAAUCGCUAAACUUGUUCGAAUGGAACACAAAAAAUUGGGUUCUAUGAGUUUUGCAGAAUAUGUUGUCCUUGUGCAUCUGAUCCUAAUGGUUCUGCUCUGGUUCACCAGGAAUCCGGGAUUUAUUCCGGGAUAUGCAGAUCUGUUCCCUAAAGGGUACAUCUCCGAUGCUGUUCCGUCCGUUCUAGUCGCUAUAAGUCUAUUUAUAUUCCCCAUCAGAUGGCCUGCUUAUUUAUGUUUUAGAAACAGAGGGCCAAACCCGUCUGUUCCCCACGAGACACCAAGUAUCAUCCAGUGGUCCGACGUGAGUUCGAAUCUACCCUGGGGUAUCAUCAUGUUGCUAGGAGGAGGCUUUGCACUAGCAGAAGCUUGUCAGACUUCUGGGUUGUCUGAAGUUAUUGCUGACAAACUAUCCAUAAUAGAAACACUGGGACCUCAAGUUGCGUGCCUCGUUGUGGUGAUAACCACGUGCAUCGUUACGGAAGUGACGUCAAAUACCGUGAUUGUCACGCUCUUCAUGCCAAUCUUAUCUCAGCUAGCCAUCUCGAUGAGAAUCCACCCACUUUACUUCAUGUUGCCGGCCGGUGUGUCCGCAUCCUUCGCGUUCAUGCUACCAGUCGCAACGCCGCCAAAUGCCGUCGUAUUUUCGUAUGGCGAUAUCAAAGUGAUGGAUAUGGUAAAAUGUGGAUUCGUGUUGAAUGUGUUCAACAUCAUGUGGCUAACCUUGGCAAUCAACACGUGGGGGACAGCCUACUUUGGUCUGGACGAGUUCCCUGACUGGGCAGAACGAAGUCGCGUGGUGUCCACCAGCAUGAUGUAUAACAUCACACAGAAUUCCCAGUCCUUGUUCAAUAUAACCACACCUGGACAUGUGUAGACGUAUUCUCUGACAAGAGAGAUAGAGAUUUGGUUAUACUGACUGAUAUUUGUUCGUUUAUUUUCAUGCUUUUGUAUUGUGUUCUUUUGUGGCUUUUGUUUUUACAUCAUAAUAGCUUUUUUGAGCAAAUCAAAUAUUCCAGUAAUAGUGUCCAGGUAAAACAUACCUUUACAGCAGCAAUCUCAACCAUUUGUUUUAUUUUAUCAUUUAGAAACGAUCAUCCACAUUGUUUUGCUCUCGCACGCACUCUAGAUCGAGUUAAUCGUUUGUGCAAUUACUUUCUAGAAUUAUAUCUCAAAAUCGCAUUGUUCUCCACUCUAUCAAACACAGUAUAUUAGACAAUAUUGGUUUAAUAUACAAUCUACUUUCUUUAUGACUUUACAAGGUCUCCAGAAUGAUACAUAUAUAUAUAUAAUUAUAUAUAUUAUUUUAUUUUUUUGCAAUUUGAAAACAAAGUGCUUUGCGUUAAACAAACCUAGAGAUAUUGUAAACUGUGUACAAAACUCUGGCUUCAAUAUUUGCUAAAUAACUGGGCUUUCUUUAAUAAAACAGCAUGUAAAUGUAAAAACGUGAAAUCUCUUGGAAUCUUGUUUAAGAUUUUUGCUAGGCUCACACUAAUGCUAGUCUCACAUUACCAACUGCCACGACAAAGUUGGCCACAUUUCUGCUGUCACGACAUCUACGACUGUUCAGUUGCUAGUCUGAGCGCUCUUACAACUAUUCUCAUCGCAUAACUCAUUAGUUGUUAAUCUGAGCGCACCCAUCUAAGUCGAAAGUUAGUAUUAGACCUCGCCACUCUGUUAGUUGCAGUACACGUAGGUCGUAGGUAGAUAUUAAAAUGCAAAUAAGCACGCACGCACAUAACAUACUUGCAGUUAAUGCAUGAUAUUAUUGUCUUAUUACGGCAUUGGACAUUAUGACAGACUAUAGGUAGUGUUAGUCAGGCUAUCUGUAAAUUAAUAUUUCAUGCAUUCUUAUUCGAUAUCCAGAGGUAAUUUGUUUAUAUAUUCAAUACCCGAAGUAAAAUAUCCAGCAGUGAAUGUCACUCCAGUAUGACUUUUUCUUUCAGAUGAGUAAUCACCUCCAGAAUAUUUUAUAUAUUUUAAUUAUAACCUGAUAUAUUCUAUAUAGCUGAUUUUGGUAAAUGAUAAUCUUUGAAAUGUACAACAGCUGUGUUUCUCAGAUAAAUAGUUGAAAAAGCCUUUUUCAUAAAACAGAGACAUAACUGUUAGAAACCUGUUGAAUAUUUAGUGAAGAUUAUAUGCAAAAAUAUAAUAACUGCAUAUGAUA